AUGGGAUCAUGCGUGACGAAAAACAAGUCUAAUCAUCAAAAAUCCUUACAGCUUCCUCCAAUUCCAUUUUCUGAUUUUUCUUAUCUCAGGAGAUUCAAGAGAUGUAUGCUUACAAUCAAGAAGAAAAUCGUGUAUAAGGAGUAUUUGGGAAACCAUAUCGAAAUACGAAAUGAUGCUGGGAUUGGGCUAACUUCUGCUCAACAAAUAAUUUUGGCAGGAGGGUCUGAAGAAUCAGGCUCAUUGACUAGCCAAGUUGUACUAUUAGACCCUAAAAGCACUAAAUAUGACCAUUAGCAUUAGCAUUAAUUUAGAUAUAGAAAAGUUCCCUGUCAGGUCUGAAGAUCCUUAUUCCCUUCCAUAACGCUCCACUCGCCUGCUUCGCCGACAGCCAUAUCACGACCCUCUAAGUCUUAUUAGUACCUGCACAUAUCCCUGAAGUUAGAAAGUUGGAUUAUGAUAGCGUAGACCAACGGGGUUUGGCUUCGAAAAGCGAAUUUUUCUGGUCACCAGUAAGCCAAGAUGAAAAUUCGUAGCCCAUGACGCAACGCUGGCAUCGCACUGGAAAACAUUCCCUAUUCACCAGGAGGAACCUCUCUCUUGCUGCUGGCUAAUCCCUUUCCAAUCAACUUUAUCUUCCCCUGAGGUAAAAUUCUGACCUAGAAUAUGCUGCGAUCUGCCUAAUCUGAUGUUGCGCUCUAUCAAGCUAAGUAAAAUUAGGCCGGAUACACAUUUCCUAACGCCAUUCUCACUUUCAAUGUGUCCCUGAACUUACCCAGCUACAGGUGUUAAGAGGGUGAGCUGGUUCACCAUACCAUUUUAAUGUAUAUGCAUAAAUUAUGACCAUAUACAAGAUCUACCUGUCCCAACAAAGAAAGGGUUCAUCCAAGAAUUUGAAGGCUGUCUUUACUAUAUUGGAGGAUUAAUAAAAAAUCCUAACGAAGAAUCAUCUCAGAGCUUUGUUCCAAGCCCUUUGAUGAGAUAUCAUUUCAAUUCUUCGCAAUGGGAAAUAUUAGAAACAACCCAAGAAACGAAUCCCAAAGGAGAAGGGCCAGUUAGCUACAAAGAUUUAUAUCAGCCUGGAAAUUUCAUUUUCAACAGAAAGAUCUAUUUAGUUGGUGGGCAAAGAAUAGACAAUGAAACUGGCAAUUUUUCUCCUAACAGAAAAAUCUAUUCGAUCGAUCUGAAUUUCCAGCCCUAUACCUUGCAUGAUGAAGAGAUCGAGCUAAAAAUGUGUUCGAACCAUCCAAUUUGCGUUCUGAAUGAAUAUGAAAAUUCUGUUCAAGUCUUUGGAGGCAAAACUCAAGAUAUGAAAUUAUUCAGGAAUAAUUUUGAAAUCAACCUUUCAACAAAAUCUACCAACGAAAUGAAGCCAUUUCCAUUCUUUGUUAAAGAGCAUUACCCUCCAAUCUACCAAAAGGAGUACAUCAUUAUCAUUUCAUUCCCAAAAAUUGCUGUUCAAAGAUAUGGAGACCAUGACUGGAAAGUGUUUGAUUUCAAAAGGGAAGAAAGCUCAGAGAACCACAGAAGCACACAAGUGGUUCCUAAUGGAGAAGAAAGCAAUUCCAAUCCUGCUGAUAGAAAUGUUGGCCCAAAUUUAGAUUUGGAUGAAGAAAGAAGAUCAGAAAAAGAAAGCUUGGAAUCAAGAAAGGAUGAAAAGAUUUCUGAAACUGCGGAAAAACAAACCAUUGAUACACAGAAUAAAAGCCUAGUUUCUUAA